AUCGCAAGUUUUGUGCAUAACGACGACAGUGUAAACUUGACAACAGACAGCAUCAUACUAGAGACUGAUUGAAUCACACAUGAGAUUUGAAGUUUACUUAGGAGAUAUAGAAUCUAAACUAUACACUGUACAGUGGGCUGUCGUUUUUUUUUUGUAUUUUGUGGUGUGAAAUAAAUAGAAUCUGAAAAUGUAUAAACUAGAUUUACCUGUAGACUAUAAACAAGCCGCGGCAAUUGAGCGCCGUCGUGCGAUGGAAGAAGAGAGAAAAACAAGAAUUUUUAACGCAAAAACCAGGCAGAUAGGGAUUGAUAAACAAGCCAUUGAGCAGCAAGUUUUUGACAAAAAACAAAUGGAAGAGUAUGAAAGAAAAAGACAUGAAGCUUUUGCGGCUGAUGCUCUCAGGAAUGAUAGGAUUGCGACUAUGUUGGAGAAACGCCAGGAACAUGAUAUUCGUGCUCUAAAUGAGGCCAUUAAUGAAUUCCGUGCCCUCCACCAGCAACCCAAUCAGAGAAGAGAAUGGGACCUGUAUGAUCCAGAUGCCUUAAAAAAAGACAAACCCGCACGAGUCCAUGAUGAUGAUCCUCGCUGUGGGAUUGCCAGUUUACAGAAAUUUGAUGGAGAGGAUUUAAAUAGCAAGGCUCGUAAGAAGCUUCAAAAUGAACAAGCUCGCAAAUGGCAUGAAGCACAGAUGAGAGAAAAAGAGAAGGCCAAAAUGAACCAAUCUGAGGCUGAUCGUCUGUACGAAUUAAAACAACGAGAGCUAGACCAGAGGGCCAUGGAGCUGCAGGAAGCUGAAGAAAACUGCAGGAAAGCAAUCAAUAUGGCGACAGCCUCUUACAACAGUGCUCUUAACAAUGAACAAAGGGAGCGUGAGCGUCUGAAGAGACAACAGGAAGAGGAUGACAAAAUGACAGAGAUCGCCAACUGUGUGUUUGGAGAUUUUCUCACAGAAAACCCUGCAGUGGCACAGAGCGCAUUUGGGCCUCACCGUGUGAUUCCUGACAGAUGGAAGGGCAUGUCGCCACAGCAGCUGGCAGAGAUUAGAAAGGAACAGGAGAGACAGAAGGCAGAGGCUGAGCGCCUUCGCCAAGAGGAGGAACUUCGUAACAAGGAGUUUGAGCGCCAGGCUUCAGCCAAUGCUAGAGCAGCUUUAUUAAUUGAAAGAGAAAUGGAAAGAAAGCGCAGAGAGCUAGAGAAGGCCCAAGCAGAUGAGAACCGCCGUUUGGCUCAGGAACAAAAAGCUCAUAUAGACUUCAUGAACAGGGAGGUGUACACCAACCCCCCCACAGCAGCUUACUUCAUGCAGUUUAACACCACCACACGAUAACCUCUUCUGUUUAGUUGGGGUAGUUUAAAAAUUGUGAUACAUUUUCAGAUUAAUAACAAUGUUUUCUUAUGUUUCUGGUAUGUUUAAGCAUUUUUCUCACAGUAUUUCUGACACAAUGAUUUGUGUUGUUUAGGCCACAACAUUCAAAUUUAAAGCAUAUGUUGAUUGUGUGCAUGAUAUCAAUAACUUAAAAUAGGAUGGGAUUUUUACUUUACUGAAAUUUUUUCCAUUUUUAAUAUCUUCUUGACUGUGAAUUAUUCUAAAGAGAUAAUAUGUUGGAUUUUAACUUGUUCAUAGCCUAUCUGUGUUUGAAUCAUUGUUAAAAAAACAGAUUUAAUGAGUCCAUAACAUUAAAAUCCAAGCAAUGUUGUUGCACUCUUAAAAAUGAUCAAAAUCCUAAAGAUGAAAUUGUUGGUAAUUUGAAUAAUUUUUUUAAUAUCACUAAGUUUAAAGUUUGUAUUAAUUUUUUUAAAACUUGACCGUUUACUUAUGUUUUGUAUGUAGAGUAAAAAAAAGUGUGACAGGCUUUGGUUAAAAGAUUUCUAACUUUUUUAAAAUGAAAUUUUUAGAAAAAAAAAUGUGUUUAUUUUUAAAUUUUUGAAUUAUUUAUAAGCUCUGUUUUUUAAAUUAUACAGCAGAAAUUUUUAAACCUAUCUACAUUAUACUUGUAGUUUCCGAGACGUUUUUAAGGAGUGUACUAUGUUUUGAAUAUGUAUUUUGAUACUUAAUAUUGUAUAAUAACAAUUAUUAUUAUAUUUUAUAAAUACUGUAUUAUUAAAAAUUGAUUACCUCCCAUUGAGUGAAUAAUUUAUUUGAAUGGAAAGACAACUGUGUAAAUCAAAUAGUCUAGUAUUAAUUAUUUUUUUCUAUUAUGCUGUUUUAAAUAGCAAAGAGCAUAAGAAAUAAAUCUAUACUUUUUACCAAG